UCUGGGACUGGAGGCUGGGGUCCGAGACCCGGCCUCCCUUGUGUAGGGAUGCUGUGAAGCACGGGCAUCCCAGCCUGUUGUGCUGGUGUCGGUGGCCGUGCGGAAACUCCCAAACUUUGCCCAAGUGCCUUUCUGAACCUCCCUGUCCCCGUACGUGCGAACCUGGGUCUACACCUGCAGCAAGCCCUCGCGGCGCCCCCUCCCCGCGCCCCCGAGUUGCUCCGAGGCGCUCUGUGUUGUCCCAGCGCUCCCUUUCAGGCUCGGGGUGCAGUCUCUGCACCCUAGAUGGAUGCAGCACCCAUGGGGCUGCCCUCCCCUCCCAGUCCAUUUCCCCUAUGUGGGACGUAGCUUGGAGCUGAGACACCCCGCUUCGUUGUCUGUCUAGGGCAAGCUGGCUUCUCCAUAUGGCAGUGCCUCUGCUCAGCCGUCCUCUCAUAUGCUGAACGCCCCAGUUUGGCUUCUGUGUGAUAGGAUGACUUAGGGGAACCUCUUGGCCCUAGGCUUGGGGUACUUUGCUACUUGUGCCUGCAGCUAACCUGUUAAUCUAAGCAGCGAUUGUUGCUGGGUCCCAGUCAUGCAGCUAUACUAAUUUUUUUUCCCCAAGAGGGUGGGGCAUUGUGAGCCAAGAGAUAAAAAAAGUUAGCGUGGGGGGUAAUCCACGUGCUUGCCCCUUUCAGGGAGUGCUCGGUGCCCCCUCCCCAUGCCACUCCCACGAUGCCCUUGUCCCGCUGGCUGAGAUCUGUGGGGGUCUUCCUGCUGCCAGCCCCCUGCUGGGUGGCCCGGGAGAGGUUGCUGGGCCCCCUUCGGAGGCCCUGUGUGGUGCGUGGGUGCCCGGUCCUGGGGGCCUGGCACAGUGCCCGCUGCCGGUGCCAAGCGAGGACAGAGGAGCCUCGAGCGCUUAGCUCCUCUCUCAACAUGAACGGGGACCAGCAGCCAGAUGUGUAUGCCCAAGCAAAACAGGACUUUGUCCAGCACUUCUCCCAGAUCGUCAAGGUGCUGACAGAGGAGGAGAUGGGGCACCCCGAGACAGGAGAUGCUAUUGCCCGGCUUAAGGAGGUGUUGGAGUACAAUGCCCUUGGUGGCAAGUACAACCGGGGUCUGACGGUGCUGGUGGUCUUCCGCGAGCUGGAGGAGCCCAGGAAGCAGGACGCUGAGAGCCUGCAGCGGGCCCUGACCGUGGGCUGGUGUGUGGAGCUGCUGCAAGCCUUCUUCCUGGUGUCAGAUGACAUCAUGGAUUCGUCCCUCACCCGCCGGGGCCAGCCAUGCUGGUAUCAAAAGCCAGGUAUCGGAUUGGACGCUGUCAAUGAUGCCCUGCUUCUAGAAGCAUGUAUCUACCGCCUGCUUAAGGCCUACUGCCGGGACCAGCCCUACUACCUGAACCUCAUCGAGCUCUUCCUGCAGAGUUCCUAUCAGACAGAGAUUGGGCAGACUCUGGACCUCAUCACGGCGCCCCAGGGCAACGUGGAUCUGGGCAGAUACACUGAAAAGCGGUACAAAUCCAUCGUCAAGUACAAGACGGCCUUCUACUCCUUCUACCUCCCCGUGGCGGCUGCCAUGUACAUGGCCGGCAUUGACGGGGAGAAGGAGCAUGCUAAUGCCAGGAAGAUUCUACUGGAGAUGGGGGAAUUCUUCCAGAUCCAGGAUGACUACCUCGACCUCUUCGGGGACCCAAGUGUGACGGGCAAGAUUGGCACCGACAUCCAGGACAACAAAUGCAGCUGGCUGGUGGUUCAGUGUCUGCAAAGGGCCACGCCGGAACAGCGUCAGAUCCUGCAGGAGAAUUAUGGCCAGAAGGAGGCUGAGAAGGUGGCCCGGGUGAAGGCGCUCUACGAGGAGCUGAAUCUUCAGGCCGCCUUCACGCAGUAUGAGGAGGACAGCUACAACCGUCUGCUGAGCCUCAUCGAACAGUAUGCGGCGCCCCUGCCCCAGUCCAUCUUCCUGGGGCUAGCGCGCAAGAUCUACAAGCGGAAAAAGUGACCCAGAGACUGCGAGGGAGGGGAGGGAGAUCUCUCAAUAAAUUAUUGUGUGAUCUU